AUGCCAUCCAGCCACGACUGCCCCUUUGCCUGGUCUGAGGCCGAGUUCUCGCCGCUGCUGGAAACUGACAUUGACCCCGGGCUGCGAGAGGCUGGGCUCAAGUUGUAUGAGGAAGCCGCACGGGAGCUGGCGUCCCGGUACCCCCAGGCCUGGCCAGAGUUCACGUAUGAGCGCUUUGCCUGGGCGGCCGGCAUGGUGCAGUCCCGUACCUUCCACCUCCAGGCCACCAACUGGGUGACGGGUGGCACCAGCGACGGCUGUGAGCUGUACCUGUUGCCCGGCAUAGACAUGGUCAACCACUCCAGCCAGGCAGAGCAGAGGUCCACUGAGCUCCGAUUUACGCCAGACAGGACGGCGGGUGGCGAGCGCAUCCCGGGGGAGUUCACCAUGCUCGCCUUUCGCGCCAUCAGCUCCGGCGAGGAGAUCCUCUUCACCUACGGGGACCUGUCUGACACGGAGCUGCUGCACACUUAUGGCUUCGUGGAGGGGCUGGAUAUGCUGCUGGGUGGAAAGAAGGACUUACAGACCAUCUGCGAGCGCUUCGAGGCCUGGGAUCCGCAAGACGCCGAAACCGAGCAGCCCAAGCCCCUGGCGGUAAAGAAAGAGCACCUGGCUGCCGUUGGGGCGGCCCUUGAGAGCGCUCGCGCCCGUGUGUCGGCCGCCAUCGAGGGGUUGCAGCCCGACGCCGCUCUGCGAGCCAGGGCGGCGUGGAUGCUGUGCAUGCUCCAGCACAGAGUGCUGGAGAAGGUCAAGCAGGCUGUCGAGCAGGCGGCAGAGAGUGAGUGGCCGGGGCUGGAACACUCGGUGUGA